AUGGCUGAUGUGGAUGAAAAUUAUCCUGCUAAUUUUUCAUCAAUCCUGUUUCCAAAUGAAAGCUUGGCUCCUUCAACCGCUUCUCCACAAUUUGAGGUUUCUACUUGCAAAGGUGAUCUAAAUUAUACACCCAAAAUGCAAACUCAGGGUUUCGCCUCAACAACAAUCAGCGAUGCUAUUGAAAAGAACCCAAUUAUUAGUGAUUCUGAUGGGCAGUUGAUUCAAUUCUUGCAUUCCGAUUCAACCGGGGCAGAACUUCAAAUGAUAGAUGAUCUUAUUGACUCUCCCGAACAAUUCCUCACGCUACCUUCCGAAAAACAAGCAUUUGUUCUCUAUUGGAUCAUGUACAUUUGCGAAUUUCUUUAUCGAGAUAUUGAGAAGGGUACCGUUCCACCUGGAAUCAUGCAGAAAUUCGAGGUGAAGGGGAGAAGUUACGAAGAAUAUCGCACCGAUUUGCAAUAUCUACUCCAUGCUGUCAACGGUGAAUUUCCUGGAGUGCUACAAAUCUAUCGUGACAUUACUAGCACUUAUCUCAAAAAGACCACGAGUAAAUGA